AAACUGAAAGAUCUAAUUAAAUAGUUUUAUAAAUGAGAAAAAAAAAGCUAGAAGAAUAUUUUAAACUUAUGGAUUCUGAUAAUGAUGGAUUGAUUAGUGCUCAAAAUAUUUAUCUCGAAGAAUUACCAACUGAGGCGUUAGAACUAUUACAACCAGUUAUUUUAUAAUUGGAGAAGUUGGACAUUUAUUUGAAUAUCGAAACAUGGACAGCAAAAUGCUUAGAUAUAAUUGAAAAAAUGAGUAUUUUUGAUAAAAACCGUCUUUUUUAAAAACAACCUAAAUAGUAAAAAACCUUGCCUGAUACUUCAAGUACCUUUAAACCUUAAUUAAACUAAAAAUCUGAGUAGAUUGCAAAAUAAAGAUAAACAUUCAAAGGACCAGCUGCCUUAUAUCAGAAGGCAAUGAAGGAAAAUAUAGUUAAAGAAUAAAAAAUCAAGAAGAUUAAAGAAUAAUAAGAAUAAAAGGAGGCUAAAAAUUGUACAUUUUAACCAAAAAUUAAAUUCUUUAAUAGAUCAACUACCAGCACAGAAUUUUAUUGA